CUUUUUUUUUUAUAGUUCUCUAUGGGUGCAACAGAUAGCAAACUUGCAUUCCGUAAAGGAGUGUUUCGAUUAUUCGAAGAAAGACAUAUUCCCCCCUCAGAUGACUAUUGGUCGCUUUUCUGGACAAUACCAGAAACGGCAGACGAUGUAUUUUCCCUCAUUGGUGCAAGCGAUGUUCGACGUGCUCGAGAUAAUGCACGCGAGAAUCUGGAAACUCUCAUAGACAAGACAAUAGAUCGUAUGGAAGCAAUUACAAAUGCACCUAAUUUCCCCUCGGCACAAUACUCUAUCAAUCACCUUUUGAAUUGCUGUCGUAUAAUGACCCGCAUUAUGCCAUAUAUAUAUGAGAGUCCCGAAUGUUCAGAGUGGGAAGAUUCAUUUUUUUGGACCCCGCGUUUAGUUGAGAAAAAAGCACCUGAAAACUCGGAAGACGAGACUAUAAAGGGUACUUUUGAUGAGCAACAACAACAGCACCAGCACCAGCAACAACAGGAGCCCGUUAUCGAUACCAAACCCCAACCACAAUACGACACACUUCCUCCACGUGGAGAGGUGUUUUUAUCAUUGGUUAUUAGGUGCUUGUUUUUGGCGGGUUUCACUUUGCCUAUUUCAAUGACAACAAAGGACUCGCGUGUUGUUUACGCCAUAUGGGAGGCAGGUGUUGGUUCAUCAAAGGAGAUCGGAACCUACAAAGACAAUGAAAUGAAUCGUACUGAGGUUUUGCGACUUCUCACUGUCCUCCUAUCCAAAUCAAUGUACAUAUCGUCAUCUCAGCUAUUAUCAAAGGAAGAUCUGUGGCUUCGUUUUGUUGCUGCUAAAACAGAGCGCAAGAUUGUUUUGGUUGUUCUUUGCAGUCUCAUGAACACGGCUUGCAAGUAUGAUCCAAUCGGAUGGGGAGUUCCUUAUAAUCAUGUCUUGAUUGCCAAUCCUCGAGAGAAGCUUGUUACAAUGUGUUUACGUGUUCUGUUAAUUUUGCUUGAUUAUCGAUCACCAAGAAUAUCUCAUUGGAUGCGGCACAUAGACCAACAACAAACCAAGAACUCUUUAAAUGGUAGGAACGUCUUUAGACAUUACCUGUCAAAACUACAUCGCUCUCAAGACUUUGAGUUUUUGAUGGAUGGCAUGUAUCGUAUUUUGCUUAAUCCUUUACAAGCUAGCAAUACCUACUUGCCAGGGUCUACCAAGCGUGUCGAGUGCAACAUUGAGGUUAUGAUGCUUUGUUGGAGAGUAAUGGAAAUCAAUCUGAAAUUCAGAACAUAUCUCAUGGAGACAGAGCGGGCACUUGAUCUUAUGGUUGUACUGAUAUACUACACCAUGGAAAACAGAUCAAAUGUUGCUCAGGUGGGUUUGGUAAGAAUGUGCACAUUCAUUCUACAAACACUAUCCUCCGACAGGACAUUCGGUGUCAAGCUUAAUAAACAGUUUGUCAGUCAAUCAUACCUUCCGGCUUUAAUCCGUAUACCUGCUUCCCAUGGCACAUAUGGUGAUUUUCUCAUAAUUUCAAUCUUUUCGCUUAUUGCAACUACACGUGGGACACUAUCCACACUCUAUCCUGCCCUUGUUCUUACCAUCUCUAAUGUAUCUCCUUAUCUGAAAAACUUGUCGGUUACCUCUUCAAGCAAGUUGGUUGGGCUGUUCAGUUCGAUAUCGGCACCUGGAUUUUUGUUGGCAGAUGAAUCAAACUACAGAUUAUUGAGUUACCUCAUUGAAGCCUUUAACAACAUUAUACAAUAUCAGUUUACAGAUAACCCAAAUUUUGUAUAUGCAAUUGUACGAAACCAUGCCAAGUUUGAGAGACUGCGUGACUUGAGCUUUACGAACGCUUUAGCAGAGAUUGAACGGUUACGUCAACUAAAAGAAAGUAAAAUACAAACCGAUCAGGGACCAGAAGAAAACAAGUCUGUGGUAGAGACAAAUAAUGGACCCGAUGUUAACAAGAGCCAGGAAAGCUUAGCUGAGAAUCCAAGUUCACCCAGAAAUACUGGAAGUAACUCGGAAGGAAACUCAGAAGAAUCGCAAGCAAUACAGAACACAAAGCUUUUUGCACAAGGAUUAAGUGAAUCGCCAGAGGGUCAGGACUUCUCAAGAACUCCCCAGAGACAAGGCAGUAUAUCCUCUACAAUCUCCACUCCAAGUGUCCUUCCAGGAGCAAAGCACGGGUUUGUUCCCACUGAAGAAUGGUGGUCUAGAUGGCAUUCACAGCUGCCUCUACAGCCGAUUCUUUUAUUACUUGAACACCUUGUACCCCAGGUGGAAGCAAAAUGUGCGGCUGAAUCACUUACCACGGAUGCUCAAGUUCUGGAGUUCCUUCGCCAGAUCACACUUGUAGGGAUACUACCCCAUCCUCAACCAAUUUUCAUUCGCAAAUUUCAAUGGGGAGAGGCACUGUUUAUCUGGUUUAGAAGUAUGCUUUGGGGACAGGCCUAUGUAUCAUCUCUUUCAGAAUAUGGAGCCUGGAAUGGAACACAAGUUAAGCUGUUUCAAAUUAAGCAACAAGUAGCGCCUACACACCAGCAGAGACAAUCUUCAGAAAAUCCUACUCCUUCCCCAAGAAUAUCACUGGCAUCAAACUCUCAGCAACCUUCUACGAGUCAAUGAUAUACAUAUUGAAACUAAAAUGAUGUUUAUAAAUAUUAUUGUAUAAAUAUCAUAUUCUUGUAUUGUCAAAUAAAUAAACCAAAAACGAUUCGAUAUCAUG